UUUCGGUUGGCCCUAAAACUAUUCAAAAGUAAAGAAUGGAGAUGGUAUAAAUUUGGGUAUAAGAAUCAAAGCUAGUUUUCCUUUCCCUCCUUUCCUCCAUUGUCAUUGAUCUCUAACCCUGCUGAAGUGCUGAUAGUAUCAAGUCCUCUCUCUAUCAAGAACGUUGCCAUUAACUUUUUGUGAAAGCUCCAGAAGAAGAUGGAACCCUCAGGUUUGGGCAGAUAUUGUAGUAGGGGUUGAAACAGAGUAUAAAAAUCCAAUCUUGGGGAAUAAAAGCACUUGCCCCAUAAUUAAUCAAUGACCUGGAGUUUCAUAGCCCUACCGCAAGCUGGCCUAUAUUGUCCGUGCACUCCGCUGUCCUUUUCCAGAAUCUCAACGGCGUCGCUUUUGCUUCGUUUCCAAUUCUUUUGCGGACCCACACUCGAGGAUAGAGUUUAUUCACUUGUCAUCCAUUCCAUAAUCUCCCGGGAAACAAAUUUCAUCACUAUAUAAUGGAGUGCCUGAAGAUCUUUUUCGUUAAUAUAUUCAUAAACAUUCAUUUUCAGUUUCAAAGUUUCAGCCUUUCAGGCCACUGAGCAAAAGAAGGGAAGAAAUGGAAAACUAUGAAGUCAUGGGGCAGAUAGGAAAAGGUUCUUUUGGUUCUGCACUGCUUGUGAGGCACAGACAAGAAAAUAAGAAGUAUGUGUUGAAGAAAAUACGUCUUGCUCGUCAGACCGAAAGAAACCGCAGAUCUGCCCACCUGGAGAUGGAGCUGAUGGCCAGAGCAAGAAAUCCAUAUAUUGUUGAGUACAAAGAUUCUUGGGUGGAAAAGGGCUGCUAUGUCUGCAUCGUGAUAGGGUAUUGUGAAGGCGGAGAUGUGGGAGAUGCCAUCAAAAGAGCAAAUGGAACUCUUUUCUCUGAAGAGAAGCUUUGUCAAUGGCUGGUUCAACUGUUGAUGGCCCUUGAUUACUUGCAUUCAAACCGUAUUCUUCAUCGUGAUGUCAAGUGCUCAAAUAUAUUUCUGACUAAGGAUCACAAUAUACGUUUAGGUGAUUUUGGUCUUGCAAAGGUUCUUUUUUCUGGCGAUCUUACUACUUCUGUGGUAGGCACUCCAAGUUACAUGUGCCCCGAGCUUCUUGCAGAUAUACCUUAUGGUUCCAAAUCAGAUAUUUGGUCUUUGGGAUGCUGCAUGUAUGAAAUGACUGCUCACCGCCCUGCCUUCAAAGCUUUUGAUAUGCAAGGUCUGAUUAGUAAAAUAAAUAAAUGUAUAGUUGCUCCAAUGCCAACAAUAUAUUCUGGAGCACUUCGGGGGCUGAUUAAGAGUAUGCUGAGACGAAAUCCUGAACUCAGACCAAGUGCUGCAAGUUUACUGAAACACUCACAUCUUCAGCCAUAUGUCAUGAAGAUGAGUGUGAUUUUGGACAGCCCUAGACGCCAUACUCUCCCGGCCCAGUCCAGUGAUCUCAAGUAUGCGAAAAAAACAAGACGCGUGGAGGGGUCAGAAACUGUUCAUGUGCAUACUAAUGGAGGGAGGAGAUCAUUUUGCAGUAAUAGGGCCUUGAAUCCUAGUAUUUCUGGAACUGAAUUGGACAGCCACCCAUUAUCUCAAGAUCUUAUGAGUUCUUCGGGUAUAAAUAGAUCUGAGCCGUCGGUUGGGAGUAAUGUCCAUGAUACAAGGGUUAAAAAGACCACUGUCUCAAAGUUAUCAACUGCCAUCAAAACUGCAAGAUCAAGUUCUAAUAAAACCUCUGCUGCUACUAUUAGGGGACAGUCAACUGCAUUAAAGAUAUCCAACCCUGGUUUGACCCGUGAAUUGCACCCAGUGGCAGUUAACAAACCAACCCCAUCAAAAAGAAGAGCAUCUCUGCCAUUGCCCACAAAAACUCCAAAGGUGGCCCCACCUAUCAAUCCAGCCGUCGGUCAACUGAACGGUCUGGAGUCUCAAGAUGUUUCCAUGAACGCUCCAAGAAUCAACAAAAUGGUGGACUCUCGUUCACCUUCCUCCCCAAGCUGUGACUCCUCAGUGACUAAAGACAAGUGUACAGUCCAACAGAAACUGGACGACAACACUACUCGUGAAGUUCGACAAGACGAAAGUGAAGGUUCGUCUUACAAUCCACGCAGGUUUGAUACCUCUUCAUACAAGCAACGGGCUGAAGCUCUGGAAGGGUUGCUGGAGUUUAGUGCACAGCUGUUGCAGCAAGAGCGGAUCGAUGAACUGUGGGUUCUGCUUAAGCCUUUUGGACCGGAAAAUGUUUCUCCCAGGGAAACCGCGAUUUGGCUCACAAAGAGUAUCAUGGAGAAUGCAGCUUAAUUAAACAUUUAUUUUACAAGAUGUCUUGUUUUUUGCUUUGCUUGAAAAUGAAAACCUUUGGGGAAAAGUGGAGUGCAUGAAUUACUUGUUCAUGCAAAUCUAGUGGAGAAGCAAAAUUUUGUUGUGUUCCUCUAAGUGUUUUUUAUUGUCAAUUAUACGGGCUGCAGCCCAAACUUUACACUGGCCCAAUUGUAAAUUGGCAAAACUGACAAUACGUCGUACUCGCUUGAGAAGAGCUUCUUCUCAGACUUAAGGAGUGUUUGGGUUUGAUUAAAAAAAAAAGCAUUUUUCAC